AGCAGGAGCGGUGAUAAGGGAUGGGGCGUGGUUCGGUUAGGUCACAUGGUUUAGGUGCGGUCGGGACAGGUUUCCUGUGAGAAAAGCAGCCUGUCAUCCUCUGCCUGUCACUUGUUUGGAAAAGCGGCCGAAGAGGAGUCAUCAUGGAUUUCAAUCUGUCGUCAGCAUUAGGUAAUGAGGAGGUGAAGAAGGAGGAGGCUCAGAAGGAUGAGUUUAAGUGGCCCUGGAGCGGUGAUAAGGAUAAGGGCAAGGAUAAGGGCAAGGACAAGGACAAGGACAAGAACAAGGACGACUCUAAGCACAAGUCUGGAGAAAAGCACAAAUCUGACAGUAAGGACAAGUCUAAGAAGGAUAAAUCUGGUGACAAGAAGAAGGACAAGAACAAAGAGAAAAAGGGAGGGAAAAAAGAAAAAUCAGGCAGCUCAUCUUCAUCUUCCUCCAGCAGUGAUGAGGACUGAUGCCUCCUGGGGGACAGGACUGCUCUGUUAGACUCUUAUGAUCUUGUCUAUUGACCAAGUGUGUGUGUGUUUGUGCUUGAGUGUGCAGUGGCACCAACUUUUCUUCUGGUUCCGUCGCUGGUGUCACAGAAACGUAGUGGUACUUUGUAAACAAAUUUGCUAAUUCCUUUAAGUAAAUGUUCUGACAACAAACAAA